CAUGCAUGCCCAAAAGGACCUUUUCCUUUAUUCAUGACCUGGUCAGGGUCUAUAAAAGAAGUCAGGAUGGGUUAGAACGGCAAGAAGGACCUGAAGACUCCUGACAGCAUGAACAUGAUGACAGUCAAGCAGGGUGUGUGGGCUGCGUUGCUCUGGCCCUAUUUGCUCGCUGCGAGCAUCCCACUAGACUGCAAGGACGAGCAGGGCAGCUUCUCCCGCUGCCCCUCCAUCUCGCAAGAGAAACUUCUAGACCGAGUCAUCCAGCACGCCGAGCUCAUCUACCGCGUGUCGGAGGAGUCGUGUUCUAUGUUUGAGGAGAUGUUUGUCCCGUUUCCAUUGCGGCUCCAGAGGAACCAGGCUGGCUAUGCAUGCAUCACCAAAGCCUUACCCAUCCCAAGCUCCAAAAGUGAAAUCCAACAGAUAUCUGAUACAUGGCUGCUCCACUCCGUGCUGUUGCUGGUCCAGUCGUGGAUCGAGCCCCUGGUCUACCUGCAGACCACGCUAGAUCGCUACGACAACGCUUCGGAAAUGCUCCUCAACAAGACCAAGUGGGUGUCUGACAAACUGAUCAGUCUGGAGCAAGGGGUGGUGGUGCUUAUCAGGAAGAUGUUGGACGAGGGAAUGUUGACUGCAACCUACAACGAACAAGGCCUGUUCCAGUACGACGUGCUGCCAGAUAUGCUGGAAUCGGUGAUGAGAGACUAUACCCUGCUCAGCUGCUUCAAGAAAGAUGCCCAUAAGAUGGAGAUCUUCCUCAAGCUCCUCAAGUGUCGACAAACUGACAAAUACAACUGCGCAUAAAACAUGUUGUGCAGCUUUUUAAAUAAUACACUGUUUAUCUUUAAAUUAAUUCCUGAGGUUGGUAGCGGUGCAUUUAUAGAUAUGACCAUGCCUCGGGCCAUUCUGCCUUGCUUGAAAAUGCAGUGCAUUCGUUAUUGAUUGUUUUGGAGCACCUUCACACAAAACUAAGUAGGUGUAAUGCUUUGCCCUUUCUUCAUCACGCUGAAUUUUAUAGACUCCACAUCUCAGUUGUUAUUUUAACCUAGCGGAGGCAACAGAGGGCAAACUCCCAAAAGAUUAUUUUGCGUGUUGAGCUGUCAAAUAAAUCUGCAUAUCCUGCCAUUGAUUUCCAUUUCCUUUGUUCCUAACUGGAGUUUGUAUUCCUCGCUGACUCUUGCGGUGUUUUGAUUAUUCCCACGGCCCCUUGAGUAUUCAGCGAGACUCCCUUUUUAAAUGGAGUUGGUUUCACUUCUGCAUUAGUGAAAUGAAACACUUUCACCGGAGACGGGAAUCAAACAGGGAGCAGCAGGCGCUCAGAGAAAGAAACACAGUUUGAUUGGCGAAAGAGAGUGUGAGGGAGACAGAGCGAAAGAAGACAAACAACAGCUAGGAUGGAGAGGGAAAGAUUUAUCUGGGGUUUGUGGUUUGACCCCGGCUGAGAUUUGUUGAGUGCUCCUCAAAGAAUUGUGAACAUAUCAAUGCCUAAAUGUGCCUAAUUCAACCUGAAUGUAAUGUGUUAUUCACUUUGAAUGCAUAAUUCAAAUGGGUGAAUAUCCUAUUAUUUUCAUUCUAAAUGUUAGAUGUGAAUAUGUCAUGCAGAAUGCAAACAUACUUUUUUAUGCUUUCAUGUGUAAAUUAAGUUGCAUGCACUGCUGAUUUAAGAAGCUAAUAAAGCAAGUUGUGGAAAAAUA